UGAAAAGGCAUUGAAGACUAAAAACCAUUUUUUUAAGAGAAAAACAUAGUAUACUCUGAAACAAUCAUGUAGUACUCUUCGUCUUCGUUUUAAGAAAAAGAACAUUUUGGAGGAAAAGCGCAUACGACGUUUGCGAGCGAAAUUGCGAUUUAUUUAUUACCAAAGAGAAGAAAAAAAGAGAAAAGAAGAGGCGAAUGGCAGAUCAGAGCGAGCAUUCGAAAACGGCGUCGCCUCCGGAGGACCAGGACCGUCCCGUUCGAGUGUACGCGGAUGGCAUCUACGAUCUCUUCCACUUUGGCCACGCUCGCUCCCUCGAGCAAGCCAAGAAAUCGUUUCCGAAUACAUACUUGCUUGUUGGGUGUUGCAACGAUGAAGUCACCCACAAAUACAAAGGCAAAACUGUUAUGACAGAGGCCGAACGAUACGAAUCCCUGCGCCACUGCAAAUGGGUGGAUGAAGUUAUUCCUGAUGCCCCUUGGGUUAUCAAUCAAGAGUUUCUUGACAAGCACUACAUUGACUAUGUGGCUCAUGACUCUCUUCCUUAUGCUGAUGCCAGUGGUGCUGCCAAUGAUGUUUAUGAAUUUGUUAAAUCUGUUGGGAGGUUUAAGGAAACAAAACGGACCGAAGGAAUAUCCACGUCCGAUGUUAUAAUGAGGAUUGUCAAAGAUUAUAACCAAUAUGUGCUGCGGAACUUGGAUCGUGGGUACUCAAGAAACGAGCUUGGCGUGAGCUAUGUGAAGGAAAAGCGACUGAGGGUGAAUAGAAGGUUGAAAACAUUACAAGAGAAAGUGAAGGAACAUCAAGAAAAAGUUGGCGAAAAGAUCCAAAUUGUUGCAAAGACUGCUGGCAUGCAUCGGAAUGAGUGGGUGGAAAAUGCUGAUCGUUGGGUAGCUGGUUUUCUGGAAAUGUUUGAAGAAGGUUGCCACAAGAUGGGAACAGCAAUUAGGGAUCGAAUUCAAGAGAGGUUAAGAGGUCAGCAGUCAAGAGAUGGCACACUUCGUCUACAAAAUGGCAAGGAUGAUAAGGAUGACGAUGAUGAGGAGUAUUAUUAUGAUGAGGAGGAUGAUAGUGAUGAAGAAUAUUUUGAAGAAUAUUAUGAUGAUGAUGAGCUUAAUCCUCAAAAUAAUGGAAAAGAUGAGAAAAAAGAAUAGGUAUACUUCGGUGGAAUUGUUGGGUUCUCGGCAGAAUGUCAAUAGCAACUGUCCAUGCGAUAUCUGCAAUAUUAUAUGCAUUAUGUUGGAUAGUGGAUUUGAAGUUGCACAAGGGAACUUUCAUUUUGCUAGUGUGGUCAAAAUUUUACGUGUUGAAUGCUGGUAUACGAGUGUUUGUGCAUAUGGUUAAUUUUAGAUGGGAAAAGUACCAUAUCCUUUUUAUUCACUUAAUUUUGGGUUCUACAUUCUAUUUCAGCGUUGCUAGCUCAGGGAAGGAAAAUCACAAAUUCCUCGUACAAUCUAACGUGAAUUUUCACGUCCCAUUGAAGUCAUCAACUCUAUCUUUUGCAUCUUGUAGGCAUCAUACAUGAAUUGGAUAUGUCUGUAGACUUAAGUUUGGAUCAUGUGAUUUUAUAAAAUUGAUUUUAAGUUAAUGUAA